AUGGCUUCAUCUUCCUCCUCCUGCCAACCUUCUUCUUACGAUGUGUUUAUCAAUUUUAGAGGUCCAGAUACUCGUACAAACUUUGUAAGUUUGCUUUACAAUGCUCUAACAAAAGAAGGAAUCAAGGCCUACAGAGAUAGUGAAGAACUCUGGGAAGGAGAAGAGAUUUGCCCCUCACUUCUAAGAGGAAUCCGAGUGUCUAAUAUCUCGAUUCCUGUAUUCUCUAAAAACUAUGCAGAUAGCAAAUAUUGUCUGAUGGAACUUGCUGAGAUAUGGGAGUGCCAUUUAUCUGACGGUCAAACCAUUUUACCUGUAUUUAUUGAUGUUGAGCCACGGGAUGUUCGACAUCAAACCCGAAGUUUUGAAGAACCAUUUAAGAAACACCAGAGUAAGUGUAAGGCUGCUGAUGUACAGAGAUGGAAGAAUGCUUUGGAAGAGGUGGGGAAUCUUAAGGGAUGGCCUCUCAAAAGGGACGCAACCAUUGAGUAA